AUGGAAAUUUUAGAAGUUAUAUCACAACAUAUAUGGAAUAGUAAAUUUUCUUCUCCUGUGAGUGAAACAUUAAACAAUGGUGGUGCAUCUGUAAUAGAUAUUGGAUGUGGUCCUGGAACUUGGUUAAUGUAUAUGGCAAAGGAGUUUCCAAAAUCAUCAUUUGUUGGAAUUGAUAUAGCAACUGAUUCCAAAAAAGAAUCACCAACAAAUAUGGCGAUAAUUAGUCAUAAUAUCCUUGAUGGUUUACCAUUUCCAGAUGACACUUUUGAUUUUGUUCAUCAAAAACAUAUGACAAAUUCACUAAAAAUUGAUCAAUGGCCUUUUAUAAUUGAUGAACUGAUACGUAUAACUAAACCUGUCAAAAAAAUAUACAAAUCACGUGGUAUUGAUGAAUCAGUUUGUGAAUCUAUUAGAGAAAAGUUAAUAUCUACUAAUAAAAUAAUUGAAAUUAGUCAUCAAUCAAAAAAGUUUCCAUUAGGUGAUCAUGGUAUGGCUAGUGAAAUGUUCAGAGAAAAUCUGUUUGGUUCAAUGGAAACAAUUAGACCUGAUAUCUCAUCAGUUAUUGGAAUUAGUUUAGAAGAAUGUGAUGAAAUGUUUAGGCAAUUGCCUUUAGAAGUUAUAAAGUAUAAAACUUAUCAAAAAAAUUUUAGGUAA